GGAAGUCCGUCAGAAUAUUUCGGAAUCUAUCGAUUGCCGGUGUAGUAUUGUAGUGUGAACUAGCAAAGAAUAUGCGUCCAAAACCAGCUGAAUCCGUAGUACUGUUGGAUCCUUCACAGAUCUAUAGACCAGAAGAGGAGUACAGUGAAUAUAACGAGUUCAUCAUAUCCAGAACUGAUAAGACGGUUGAAGAUUUUCGCAAUUACAAUGUCAACCUUCAAACUGACAAAGUUCAUAUGACAUACAGAAUGAUGCAUGAAAAGCAAACCAUGACUUUUGUCAAUGAAAAGAAAGAGCAUUGGUGCUGUCUGAACAAGUUUAAAAUGACCAUCAUGGACGCUGUGCACAUGUUAGAUGCUUUGGUGGAUGAAAGUGACCCAGACACAGACUUACCCAAUUCAGUACAUGCCUUUCAAACUGCAGAGCGUAUUCGUGUUGCCCAUCCAGACAAAGACUGGUUUCACUUGAUUGGUCUUCUUCAUGACCUGGGAAAAGUUAUGGCAUUGUGGGGAGAACCUCAGUACUGUGUUGUUGGAGAUACUUUCCCUCUUGGCUGCAAAUUUUCAGAAAACAUAGUCUUCCCUGAGACAUUUGCAAACAAUCCAGACACAAAAGUUCCAGAGUAUAGCUCAAAAUAUGGUAUUUAUCAACCAAACUGUGGUCUGGACAACAUCACAAUGUCUUGGGGACAUGAUGAGUACAUGUAUCAGGUGUUAACUGGAAACAAUUGCAAGCUUCCCAAAGAGGGACUGUAUAUGAUAAGGUAUCAUUCAUUCUAUCCUUGGCAUUGCAAUGGAGAUUAUAAUUACCUUUGUAACAAAGAAGAUAUGGGAAUGUUGAAAUGGGUGAAAGAGUUCAAUAAAUUUGACCUGUACUCAAAGUCUGAUGCUAUACCAGAUGUGGAGGCUGUAACACCAUACUAUGAGGAAUUGAUAGCCAAGUACUGCCCAGGAGAGCUAUCCUGGUGAAUGAAACAUGCCUGAUACACAAUAAUCAACUAAAAGUUUUAAUUUGAAAAGCAAUGCUUUAUCUAAAUAAUGAACAAUUUUUCUGAAACCCCAAAGCAUGUAUGUUUGUCAAGUGUGGACCAGAAAUAUCAAUUGAAUUGGUACGGGCAAUCAUAUAAUAAUAAGGCUUCAAGAAGGAGACAUUUCAAUCACCGGAAAGCUGUGGAAAGACUUACACU